UAUUUGUCAGCAAAAAAAGAACGUUUUCUUGGUAUAUAUUGAGGCUUGACAGCAAAGUUCCGUUAAUUGACACUCCUUUCAGCAAAACGUGUCAUGAACUUUGAAGACAUGAAAAAGCAGACGAAACCUGAGGUUUUCAAGGAUCAUUAUCUUGGAACCAUUGGGAUUUGGUGAAAACCAAUUGCAAGGGAUGUACUUUCAUUAUUUCGUGCAGUUUCGGAACAGCUUUUCACGACACAGGUCUACCAUAACAAUCUGUAUGAAGCUUGCAGAAUUGUUUUCUUUAUAUUGCUAUAGACCCAGAGAAGUUUAAUAUCAAUACAUAUACACACGCAGUCCUACCAAGCAAAAGAAAUGAUUUGGAAAAUGCGUGAUUGCUCAUUAACACUGCCUGGGAUUACGACGAUAAAGUUGUAUUAUGGUGUGUUUGCCUUUGUAAUUGUGAUUGAUUUUGCAUUGACUUCGAAUACACCUUCGGAAGGCUCCUUUCUUGCUCGAAAACCCACGACAGAGCAAGACAUUAUCGCUUUAUUCAAAGCUCACGUCGACAAUAAACUGUGCCCACAAUCUUAUAUCUGCAAUAACAGAACAGAUAUGACACAUGUGAAUGUUAACUCACACUUGGCGCAAUGCUGCAAAGAUUGCUUUUGCGACGAAAAGUGUGAGUUUUACAACGAUUGUUGCUUCAGUGACUUGACCGAAAAGGAACGUCACGAGUGAGAGGAAUGUCUGUACCCACUCUAUGAUCAAACCUACGGUGACAUCUUAACGCAUGAAUCCUUUUAUAUGAUAACAAAAUGCAAUGGGACUUAUAAAUGCUAUGAAUUUGCCCUUACACCAUGGGGUGCUUUCUUGCCUAUGUAUUCACCGAGCCAUCAUAAAAUCUACAUCAAUGAACAAUGUGCAAUAUGCAACGGCAUAACAGAUGGAAAGCAUUGGCAUCCUUACAUAGUCUGUCAGGGUGCUAGUCCGUCUGAAAUUGAUGCUAUCGUAUCCGCCAUCGCGUUAAGAACAAUCAUACCCAUUUGCUAUGUACACUUCACUUAUCCAUACGACGACGCACAUACGAUGUAUAAAUUACAGUGCUAUAAGACAAGAGAAAAUUCGUGUCCAGAUGACCUUGAAUUGAAUCCAAGACGAAUGGAAGUAACUGAACGAUUGGGUGUAGACUAUGACACCAUUGUUGAUCUAUGUCACAGUUCUAUAGAGUCUGUAUAUACUCAGCGGUUGUUUAAUGGACAGGAAUCACACUUAACGUACUUCAAAAACAUUUUCUGCUUUCUGUGUAGUGGGGCACCUUUACCGAACAACGAAUGCACAUCUGAUCUCAGAGAUACUUUGAGCAGUUUAGGUCAAUCGACUUUUGCAAUGUUGCUUGCAUCGACGCCUGGUGUUAUUAAUGCAACCAUCACACCGAUACGAGCUUGCAAGGUUAAUGAUGACAGAACAACGGAUCUGUCAAAUUGCCGUGUUAUGCAUUGUCCAGUCGGUCAGAUCAGAGACGCUACAGGGUUGUGCCUUUACCCAUCAAAACAAUGGAAAUCUGGGCGAGUUGGGAUUUUUGUGAAAGUAUUAAUACCAGAACCAAUAAAGCUUUCACCAAACACAACGCUCAGCGAUGUGCAUGCUUAUUUCAAAGACAUCGAUUUUAAUAGCGAAAGUCCCCUUCCAUGGGUUAUUCUCAAUUCUUAUUUUAAUUUAAUUGUGGACGCGGAUUUUGCAAUGAUAAACUUUUUUGCUCUUGAGAUGGCUAUGAAAGUCGGCACAUUUGACCCAUCAGACUUUCUUAAUGCAAUGAAAGAAUUCUUAAAUACAAAAUGGUUUGUACAUUUUAGAAACGUAUCAGAAAGUUGUUCACAAGAAUUAGUGCCUCAACAGUUAUUCAAUCUGUUACAUUUUUUCCCACAAUAUACAAAUGACACACGGGUGUUCAUGGACGAGAUUUAUAACUUGAUUCGUAUCGAAAACGGAGUCUUUAUAUAUGUUCGUUACUCAUUCUUCAUUAGCAAAACAUUUUUCUGCAACAUGCUGGAAUUUUCAGAUGACGAAGUUUUGCUGCUACAUAAUGGUUUGAUUGUAUACCUAAUCGAGUUUGACAAAUAUUUCGGGGACAUGGAAUUUUUAAUGUCCGUCGAUGCUGGGGGAAAGACAACAGUCAAAGUGUGCAUGGAACGCCUGCCAUUCAAAAGAGUGAUGAAUGAUGCAAAUAAUCAAAUAAACAAGACGUUGAACAUCUUGGUACUUGUCUGCAGUUCGGUGAUAGUAAACAUGGCGUUAUAUUUGUGAAACAAUGACUAUUUAUUCAGUUGCAUUAACUUAAACAUGUAUAUAACAUUGAUCAACAUUCGAUUCAUGUCCUCUAUACACAUAGGUGUUUGUAAACAUAACAUUUUUACAGCAAAGGCAAGUACACAUUUUAAACACGUGUGUGAUAUUUACACUAAAUAUUGAUCUAUACAAUAUAUCGAACUGUAUUCAAAUAUUGAAUAGCAGUUAUUAUGAGCUUCGUGUGCUUUUAGCUACAGUAUACUGCGCUUCUGAUAUGAGCUUGUACUUACAGAUAGAUUUGCUUUGCAUGUGUUGGUACUUUCAUGAGUAUAAGAUGUCUGCGCGAUAUUGUAUCACAAAAAAUGGACAAAACUUCUUUUUACUAUCUAUAUGCCCUAUUAAAAUAACGUUAUACUAAUUCCACGGUCGUACAUUGUGUAUGUUGUUUUGUGUAUGUUAGCUUAAAAACUAAUAUAAUGUUUUAUUUGACAAUGCGUUUUUAUCUUUUAAUAAUUUAUGAAAAACAACCUUAACUUGGGUUAGCGGGUUCAGUGCGUUUGAUGGCGUUAACGCAUUGUCUUCCAAUUACUAUAUCAGUUAUUAGUACAUAUCCGCUACAAAGUCAAACAUUACCUUAUCGAGUGUCUUAUAACUUUAAACAUUUUUAUAAUUAUUUGAACCUUUAUUUACUACGUUUAUACUUUGCUGAACAAUGCAUUCUUCCACGUAGCGUA